GUCCUACCUGGAUAUGCUGAAGGUCAUCAUGUUCAGCUACCUGUUCUGGUUUGUCCUCACCAUCAUCUUCAUCACGGGGACCACGCGCAUCAGCGUCUUCUGUAUGGGCUACCUGGUGGCCUGCUUCUACUUCCUGCUGUUCGGUGGCGAGCUUUUGCUCAAACCGAUCAAAAAGAUCCUCCACUACUGGGACUUCCUGAUCGCGUACAACAUCUUUGUGAUCACCAUGAAGAACGUUUUGUCCAUCCUGGCUUGUGGCUACAUCAACUCUCUGAUUGAGAACCGCUGCUGGUUGAUCCAGCUGUUCAGUCUGGCCUGCACCAUCAAGGAAUACAACAUCAACAUCACCAAAGCAAACACCA